UGAGCCUCCGGUCGUUGCCCAAACACCAGCCCGCCAAACGAAGGAUCGUAGCACACUAGCCCUGCAUUUCUGUCUAUCUCCUCUGCUCUUCAACUGCCAAACGCAGUGCUGCAGAGUGGAUGUAAACUGUCUUCGCGUUCCAUAACGAUCACGAAAAUGAUUAUGUUUCUUGAAUUUGGGGUAUAAUUAUACCAUAUAAAGUAUACUGCUUUUACUGUAUCGCAUUGUUAGAUUGUAAUGGCUUCAAUUGCUUCUCCAAGUUGGGCAACCACUCGUUCGUUCCAGAGAAAACCCAUCUCAAGAAACCUAAUCUUGUUCCCCUUUUCAAUAUCUUUUCCAUUAUACAAAACCCGAUUCUGCGCAAUAAAGGCCGGGUUGGAUGGCCGGGGGGUGGUUCGGAGCAGCCGGGAGACGACUGUGUAUGGCGAGAAUUUGUUAAGGAAGCCGGUGGUGUCGUCGCCUGCCGCUCUCGACGGCGAAGAGUCGGUGAAGGAGUAUUUGGGUGGCGAGGGGAGCGAGCCGAAGGGUGGAGAUGGUGGGACGUGGGUGGAUUGGGAGGACCAGAUUCUAGGAGACACUGUGCCCCUUGUUGGCUUUGUUCGAAUGAUUCUUCACUCUGGAGAGUAUGAAAGUGGUGAUAGGUUGAGUCCUGAACAUGAGAGAACAAUUCUGGAAAGAUUGCUGCCAUAUCAUCCCGAUUGUGAAAAGAAGAUUGGUAGUGGAGUUGAUUACAUCACAAUUGGGUACCAUCCUAAUUUUAAUAACUCAAGAUGUCUAUUCAUAGUUCGCGAGGAUGGAGAGUUGGUAGAUUUCUCAUACUGGAAAUGCAUGGAGGGUUUAAUAAGAAAAACCUAUCCUCUAUAUGCGGACAGCUUUAUUCACAAGCAUUUUAGGAGACAAAGACGUAGUGACUGAAGGUAAAUUUUGUGAAUCAGAGCUUGGUUAUGCAUUGGUGCCAAGAAUUUUCUUUUCCUAUUUUCCUUGGUGUCUCACCUCAUUUGUUCCAAAGCUCCUUAUAUUAGGUAGAGCCCAUGAUCAGAACUCAUGUAGCUUAUGCAGGGGAGAAAUAAAACAUUAUUAUCCUCAGAAAAGCUCAGCCGGAUUACAAAUGUUUAAACCUCAGCAUUCAAUUGUUUGAUAAAACUAUGCAAUAUCCUUUCUGCUGCA